CCGAAUGCGGACCUAGCGAACUAAUGGACAGCCUUGCCAGAUGGGCCAAUCAGCAAAGCAUAACGGAAGGUCCGGGGAAGCUAACGUAGUGGGACCCACGUUAGGCGAAGGAAGACACUGAGAUUCAGAUCCUCUCCGCACGACACGAAGCCCAUAUUUAAAAAGGUUCACGAACUAACUGUCCAUCCAUAUCAUCGCCAUCCUCACUCUCGUCCCGCGUGAAGACCGAACACAGACUCAAAAAACAAAGGAGCGAGAGAGAGAGAGAGAGAGAGAGAGGGAAGACCGUCUUCCCCUUGCUCCCAACCAUCUCGUACCGUACGUACGUGUCUCCUCCCUAAUAAAUCUGUGUUCUAAAACCCUAACUAAACAUCCUCGGCGGCCCCACCAGCCCACAUCGCUCCAUCAUGGUUUCCGACUCUCCCUUCCACCAGCUCCCUUCCUCGGCCCCACCGCGCUCCUCCGACCACACCCCCGCCACCUCCUUGGCGGUUAUUCCUGCCGCCGCCGACCCUCCGUCCACCUCCAACUCCCAAUCCUCGGGCCCACUGUCCCGAAAGGCCGGUCCCACCAGCUCCUCCAGCAAGGACCGCCACACCAAGGUGAACGGCAGGGGCCGCCGGAUCCGCAUCCCCGCCCUCUGCGCCGCCCGCAUCUUCCAGCUCACCCGUGAGCUCGGCCACCGCUCCGACGGCGAGACCAUUGAGUGGCUCCUCCGCCAGGCCGAGCCCUCCAUUGUGGCCGCCACCGGCUCCGGUACUAUUCCCUCCGGGCCCGUCUCCUCCACCGCCCGCGCCCUCCCUCCGCCCUCGUCCAGGUCAUCAUCGGUCUCCUGCCCAGUUCAGCCUGCUGAAGGUCACGCGGUCGUGCCCUUCCCGCUCGCUCCGUCGGGGUUCAGGCUGGACCUUUGCCCCCCGAUGGGGUUCAGUUACAGCUCCGCCGCCAAUGCUGCUGAGGACGCGGUGAACGGGUACCGGCACAUGCCCUUCACGGCAUUACUGCUGCAGCCAGCGGCGGCCAUGGAGAAGGAUGAGGAGAGAAAGCAAGAAGAGGUUUUAGCUGAAGAACAAUAGAUAGAUAUUACUUACAGUUGAUUAGUUAGCUCUGCUUUAUUUCUUUUAUUUUUAUUUUUUUGGAUUUUCAUUUCAAUGGUGAGCUGAGCUGAGAGAGUCUGGAAGCUGAUGGCUUUGGAAAGUUUUGGUCAGUGUAUUCCUAGUGGCUCCUGGUAAUGUUGUGGCCCUGACAGUUGACGUGGGAAUUGCAGGGCCGGAUGAGAUGUAAAUUAACCAUUAUGGAAUUUUUCGAUCGAAAAGUUCGUCGAUGGUGCGAAAGCUAAUUGAACCGA